AUGCACAAGCCACCUAUAAAGAAUGUGUACACAAGGAGAGAUCGGAAGCAAAAAGAAUCGACAGAAGGUUCCACUUUGUUUGCUGAUAUCAGUUCUAACAGUGCCCAUGAAGGUAUACAGAAGCCACCUAUAAAAAUUGUAUUCGAGAGAAGAAGUGAUCCCAAGCAAAAAGGAUCCACAGGGGGGCAACUUGCUUCAAAGGAACUGAACAAAGGAAUGAACCCAGGGAGCAGCAGUCACGCCACAAGGAUUAGAAACAAAACAGCAGCGAAGACUCUGGGAGCUGAAGGAGCGCAAUGUAUCAAGGGAAGUUCAGCGUGCAUGAUUAGAGUAACUCAAACAAAAGGUGUUGACAUGGCUGCAACGACACUAGAAGGAGCUCGGCUAACUCAAUUUUACGAGGAGUUCAACACAUAUAAUGAAAUCUAUGACAGUUUCGUUGAGAUGGAUCUUCGAGAAAAUCUGCUGAAAGGAAUAUAUGCAUAUGGUCUGGCGAUGCCUUCUGCAAUCCAUCAACGGAGAAUUGUCCCAUUGUGCAAGGGUCUGGAUGUUAUCCAGCAGUCAUUGUCUGGAACAACUGUGACACUUGCCUGUGGAGUUCUCCAGCGACUCGAUUAUGGAUCCACGGAAUGCCAAGCUUUGGUUCUUGUACCAACGCGUGACUUGGCACAGGACACCGUGAAAGUUAUUGGAGCACUUGGUCAGUGGCUAGGUGUCAAAGCUCAUGCUUGUCUUGGAGGAACUAGUAUUCGUGAGGACAAGCAAAUUUCGUCAAGCAGCAAUCAGGUUAUUGUCGCCACUCCUGGCCGCACUCUUGACAUGCUAAGAAGACGAGCGCUUUGUCCAGAUAACAUCAGAAUGUUUGUCUUGGAUGAAGCUGAUGAAAUACUCGCAGGAGGUUUAAAGAACCAGAUCUAUGAUAUUAUCCAGCUUCUCCCAGCCAAAAUCCAGUUUGCUGUAUUCUCUACCACCAUGUCCAAUGAAGCUCUUGAACUUUGCCGGAAGUGCAUGAAUAAGCCUAUGAAGGUCAUAGUGCCAAAAGAUGAAGAACUUGAGGGUUUUAGUGUUAAGCAGUUCUAUGUUAAGGCUGAGAAUGAAGAAUCAAAGUUUCAAAAAUUAUGUGAUCUUUUUGACACCAUGGCCGUCACGCAAAACGUCAUCUUUGUCAACGCACGUCGGAAGGUCAAGCCACUGACUGAAAAGAUCAGAGGCAGGGGGUACACUGUCUCGGCAAGCCAUGGUGGUAUGGACCAGCACUCCAGAGAUGUUGCCGUCCAGGAUCUCCAGUCGGGAUCAUCCCGUGUCCUCGUCACCACCAACCUUCGUGGCGCUGACGCAUUGCAGGUCCCUGUUGUCAUCAACUAUGAUCUGCCAACACAACCAGCACAAUACCUUCGUCAUGUUCGACGAAGUGGACAACCUGGAGGGAUUGGUGUCGCUAUCAGCUUUGUUGCUCGUGCUGAUGAGCGUGUCCUAUAUGGCAUCCAAAGAUUCUGCAAUACUCAGAUGGCGGAGUUACCCUCCAACGUCGCUGACCUCUUGUGA